CCCUGGAGGCUGCUGUUGAUUGUGAACCGCACUUGGAUAGCCAUGGAAGAACUCACGGCGUUCGUGUCGAAAUCCUUCGGUCAGAAAAGCAAGGAGAGCAGCAAAGAGAGCAUCACGUACAAGGAAGUUUUGGAGAGUGGUUUAGCCCGAGCCAGAGAGCUGGGAAACUCGGAGACCAACCUCCAGGAGAUUACAGAAACCAACAACAACCAUUGUGCGGUACACCUUUACAAGGAGCACGUAGAGCUGGAAAAGGAGAAAUUGAAGGAGUUUAACGUGACACGGGCUACUGACGGAAUUUAUGAGUGUAAAGACAAGAAAGAGGAUGUGAAGUCAGAGGACGAGGACGCACAGAGUAAACUGAAGCAGAGACGGAGCAGGACAAAUUUUACCUUAGAGCAGCUGAAUGAACUGGAGCGCUUAUUUGAUGAGACGCAUUACCCGGACGCCUUCAUGCGGGAGGAGUUGAGUCAGAGGCUGGGGCUGUCAGAGGCCCGCGUGCAGGUAUGGUUUCAGAACAGAAGAGCGAAAUGCCGAAAACAGGAAAAUCAAAUGCACAAAGGUGUUAUUUUGGGCACCGCCAGUCACCUGGACGCGUGCAGGGUCGCUCCUUACGUGAAUAUGGGCGCGCUAAGAAUGCCAUUUCAACAGGUCCAAGCUCAGUUACAGUUGGAGGGGAUCGGAACGCACUCCCAUCCUCACCUGCACCCACACCUCGCGGCCCACGCUCCCUAUCUGAUGUUCCCGCCCCCGCCCUUUGGAUUACCAAUCGCGUCGCUGGCAGACUCGGCCUCUGCGGCGGCCGCCGUGGUAGCGGCUGCCAAGAGCAAUAGCAAGAACUCCAGCAUCGCUGACCUGCGACUCAAGGCAAGAAAACACGCCGAGGCGCUGGGACUCUGACCCCCAUGGGCUUCUCUGCUGCUCUGAACUGAUAAUUGCUUCUAACACAAGACUAAGCCUGUGAAAAGGCCGUGACACUCACAGUUAAAACAAAACAAAAUAAAAACAAAA